AUGGUUAAAGCACCUGAAACUGGGAAAUCUUUCGGCAUCAUGUUCUGGAUAUUUGUGGUUUUGCUGGCUCUUGUGCAGUCAUCUUAUCAAGUUAAUUCCGACCCUUAUGGGAAAAUAAGUAGUGGAAGUGUCGAUGGCCCAUUUCAAAGAGAUGAAAAUUUCAUUUAUGUUCCCGUAAAAUUAUUUUCCCAUGAGAGUGUAAGAUCUGGAGGAUACGGAGAAGGAGGAGGAGGUGGUGGUGGCGGUGGAGAAGGAAGGAGAGGUCCUCUUGUCGGAGGAAGUGGACGAGAAGAACAGAGUGGGAAAGAACUUGGUGGUUUCGAGAAGAAUCCUGGUUACGGUCCCGCUUUAACUUUCAAAAUCACUACUGGAAAAGACUCCGUGGAUUACGGCAAUAAUGGUGGUUAUGGGGAUAUUGGAAAAGGCCCUCGAAGUUAUAUAACCGAAUCUGGUAACGUAAAUAAUUUCGAUAGAAGUGCUGGAAGAUACAGUGGAACUGAACCGAGCGGGUAUAUCGGAGGAGUCCCUAAUAGUUUUGGAGGUAACGUGAGAAAUUAUAAUAAAGGAGAAUCUCUUGAUUAUAAUAGAGGGAAUCUUGGAAAUUACGGAAAAGCUGGUGUUGUGACUUUUACUAAAACUUCUCCUGGUGGAUAUGAUGAUCAGAAGCCAAUUUCUUAUGGUAGUUCUCCUCCUGUAAGAAACUAUGAUGGUGCUGCGUACGGUGGAGAUCCUGGUGAUUAUAGCGACGGUGUAUCCGAAGGAUUUAAAAAGGAAACCGCUAAAGGAUUUUCGUCUUUGAAACCUCUUAGGUAUUUCGGAGGUGGAAGUCCUAAAGGUUACGGAAAUAAACCUUCAGGAGGAUUUGGAAGUUUUCAACAUGGAAAUAAACCUUUCGUGGUUUCCUAUUAUAGGAAAAAUCCAGACAUUUUUCAAGGUAGUAGCUUCAUUACUGGAAGUUCUGGAUAUAAAGACGGAGGUGUUAGUACGUACGGAAGUGGAAAACCUGGCAGUUACGAUAAACCCAGUAGUGGUGGUGGUGGUUAUCAUAGCGGAAGUGUCAGCGGUUACGAUAAAGUAAGUUCUAGUAAUUAUGGAAGAGAAAAGAUCGCAUCUCCCUUUACUAAAGUCCCUGGUAGUUUUAGUUCAAGUAGAGAUGGACUUGGAAGAGAAACUUCUAAUAAUUACGGAGGACAAAGGGUUAUUACUUAUGGAAAAGAAAAUGACGAUAGUUAUGGAAAAGAAGGUUCUGGCGCUUAUAAAGGGACACAUGAUAAAAUUCCAGCUCCUAAUUAUGCGAUAACAAUUGGUAGUGCAAGUCCCGAUAAUUAUGGGGGAGGAAGCGACAGAGGUUAUGACAAAGUAAAUCCUAAUUAUGGAGGUAAUAGCGACAGUUACGGAAAAGAGAACUUUCCCGGUAAUUUUCCCAAAAUCCCACUUCCCAACAUCUACGGCAAAGCAGACGAUGGCAAAAAGAAUAUUAUUCCUAUCAUAAUAAGAUUACAACCACCCGGCGGUAGUGAAGAAUACGGAAACAGAGGUUACGAACAAUAUAACAACAAUCCAGGCGUUGUUUACGGAAAUAAACCACCAAAUAAUUACGGAAUUUCACCUGAAAACUAUGGAGGAAAACCUGUUAAACCUAGCGAAGGAAAGAAAUUUAACAAAGACUAUAGAACUUCUCCAAGCGAACACGGAAGAAACCAAAGUCCAGAUGUGGUCUAUGGUGAUAAAGGCACUGGCGGUGGUCUAGAUAUUUUUAAUUUAAAUCUUAGCAAUCUCUUAGGCGUUAAAUUGCCAGAAUCUGCAAAUUUUAAUUUCGCUGCCAGAAGCGAAUAUACAUAG